GUCCAGACCUUCCCCCGCCACAUCCCCACGUCGGUUCGGCGCCGGGACGAGCGGCGCAAGGAGAAGCGGGAGCAGCUCCGGGAGAGGAAGAAGAAGGAGCGGGCUCGGCGCAGGGAGGAGCUGAAGCAGCUGAAGAACCUGAAGCGCCAGGAAUUGGCCGCCCGGCUCGCCCGGAUCCGCGACGCCUCCGGCUCCGACGCCUUCGGCCUCACGGACUCGCAGCUCCAGGAGGACUUUGACCCCGCCCAACACGACCAGCUCAUGGCCGAAUGGUUCGGGGAGGAAUAUUACGGGCGGGGGGAGGAGGAGAAGCCGCAGUUCGAGGAGGAGGAAGGGCUGGAAGGUGAGUGGGGGAUCCUGGCGGCCGACGACAAGGAGCUGAACCGCUGGUGCUCCCUGCGCAAGACCUGCAUGUACCGCUCGGAGCAGGAGGAGCGGCAGGACCAGGCCAACUACAGCCGGCGGGCGCAGAACGUGGCCAGGAAGCGCCAGAUCCUGAGAUCCCUCGUGGCCGACCCCGAGGAGCCGCAGCCGCCGCCGGCGAAGCCGAAACCGGGGAAGAAGCGUCGGGAGAAGAGGAAACGUCUGGAGGGGGCGGGAGAAGGGGAGACCCCCCAGCCCCCCCCUCCCGCAGCCCCCCCAAAGCCUGGGGGUCCCCGGCGCCGGGGGGGGCCCCCCCUGGGCCCGUCCGUGCGUUUGGGGGGCCGGGAAUUCAGCGGGAAGAGGUUGGAAGCCUUCGGCCUCAACCCCCGCCGGCUCCGGUUCCGGCAGCUCCGGCGGCAGCGGCGCAAGGAGGGGGGGGUGGGCAAAGCUGGGGGGGGAAAAACCCCGGAGAAAGGCUGGAAAAACAGCGGGAAGAACGGAAAAGGCCCGGAAGCCGACGGGAAAAAACAGAAGAGCAGGAAAAACACCUGAAUUCCCCCUCGGAAAAACACCCGAAAGCCGUCGGAGGAACACGUGAAACCCUUGGAAAAACACACGGAUUCCCUGGAAAAACAGCCCUGAAACCCCCGGGAAAAACAGCAGGACCUGUGGAAAAGCACCAGAAACCCCUGGAAAAGAGCGGAACCGUCCCGGAAAACCACGGCAAGACCUUGGAAAACCGGGAGAAGCCUCUGGAAGAGCCCGGGAACGCUCCGGGACGCCGCGCUCCGGUCAGGUUCACUUUAUUUGGGGAGGGGGGACGUGGCCGGGGGGGGGUCCUGAGAGGAGCAAUAAAUAACCCCC